AUGUAUAGGACAAGUGUGUUAUGGUUGUGUACUCUACUGUGGUCAGUUGGCCUAGCAGUCACACCGAUACCAUCGCGGUCACCAGAAAAAAAUAAUAAUGUUGACUGUACAGGACCUAUUGCAUUUACAUCAACUGGGAGUACAUCAGUCCAUUCUACAGGUCUGGUAGCGUAUAAACAGAAUAUCGUUAACCUAGCUGUUACAUGGGAUCGUGAGGUUGGUGUCUAUACAUGCGCUUGUUCUGGCCUCCAUCAAUUUUCUUUCUCUGGUUCCACUGAAGAAAACACAAGGAUGGUGUUGAAGAAAAGAUUAAACAACGGUAAACAGUGGACGCCAAUUAUAGCAACAAAACCAAGUGGUGGAUCAGCUACAAUACUUUUGGAAGUAGAAAGUGGAGAUCAGGUAGCUGUAUAUUUGGAUGGGAAUUCAAAAAAAUUCAAUGCUAGACACGGACAAGACAUAGAUGUUACAUCGUUCAGUGGUUACAGAAUAGCAAAAUAA